AGAGAGAGGCAGGCAGGGAGAGGCUGAGGCCGGGCAGCGCCGAGUGGGGCCAGGGCCCAUGAGGAGUCCCGGGGACCAUGGGCUCCAGGAUCAGGCAAAAUCCAGAGACUACAUUUGAAGUGUAUGUUGAAGUGACCUCUCCUGGGACAAGAGGCCCUCUUUCAGGUCCUGAGGUGCAGAGGCAAUUCCCAGAGGACUACAGUGACCAGGAAGUUCUACAGACUUUGACCAAGUUUUGUUUCCCCUUCUGUGUGGACAGCCUUACAGUGAGCCAAGUUGGCCAGAACUUCACAUUUGUGCUUACUGACAUUGACAGCAAACAGAGGUUUGGCUUCUGCCGCUUAUCUUCGGGAGCUAAGAGCUGCUUCUGCAUCUUAAGUUAUCUCCCCUGGUUUGAAGUAUUUUAUAAACUGCUCAACAUCUUGGCGGAUUAUACAGCAAAAGGACAGGAGAGUCAAAGAAAUGAGCUGCUUGAAACACUUUACAAACUUCCCAUCCCUGAUCCAGGAAUGUCUGUCCAUCUCAGUGUGCACUCUUACUUUACUGUGCCUGACACAAGAGAACUUCCCAGCAUACCUGAAAAUAGAAAUCUGACUGAAUAUUUUGUGGCUGUGGAUGUCAACAACAUGCUACACCUCUAUGCCAGUAUGUUGUAUGAACGACGAAUCCUCAUCAGCAGCAGCAAGCUGAGCACUUUAACUGCCUGUAUUCAUGGGUCUGCCGCUAUGCUCUACCCGAUGUUCUGGCAACAUGUUUACAUCCCAGUUUUGCCCCCACAUCUGUUAGACUACUGCUGUGCUCCCAUGCCCUACCUCAUAGGAAUACAUUUAAGUCUAAUGGAGAAAGUUAGGACUAUGGCCCUGGAAGAUGUUGUGAUUCUGAAUGUGGAUACCAACACUCUGGAAACUCCUUUUGAUGAUCUUCAAAGCCUCCCAAAUGAUGUGGUUUCUUCAUUGAAGAACAGGCUAAAGAAGGUCUCCACCACAACUGGGGAUGGUGUUGCCAGAGCCUUUCUAAAGGCACAGGCUGCUUUUUUUGGAAGUUACAGGAAUGCAUUGAAGAUUGAACCUGAGGAACCAAUAACAUUUUCUGAAGAAACCUUUGUGUCCCAUCGAUCCAGUGCCAUGAGGCAAUUCCUUCAGAAUGCCAUACAACUUCAACUGUUUAAACAGUUUAUUGAUGGCCGCUUGGAUCUUCUCAAUUCUGGAGAAGGCUUCAGUGAUGUUUUUGAAGAAGAGAUAAAUAUGGGAGAGUAUGCUGGAAGUGAUAAACUAUAUCACCAGUGGCUCUCUACUGUGAGGAAAGGAAGUGGAGCAAUUUUGAAUACUGUCAAAACCAAGGCUAACCCUGCUAUGAAGACUGUCUAUAAGUUUGCAAAAGAUCAUGCAAAACUGGGAAUAAAAGAGGUGAAAAACCGCUUGAAGCAAAAGGAUAUUGCUGAAAAUGGCUGUAGCCCAGCCACGGAAGAUCCCUUGCCAAAGGCUGCUCCUUCACCAUUGGCUGAAACAAAGGAUUCCAAAGUCCGAGAAGACAGGAGGCCCAUCACCGUGCACUUUGGGCAGCUUCAAAGACCUUGUCCUCCUCGGCCUCCUCCUCCAAAGAUACACCGCUGGGCACAGCCCGUCCGCCCCCCAAGACCUCAAGUUGUCAAGCGACCAAAGAGUAAUGUCACCAUGGAAAGUCGAAGAACUUCAGUGUCAAGCCCUGACCAGCCUCUGCCAUACCGAGUCCUGAGAGAGUCAGACAGUGCAGAUGGAGAAGAGACAGGGAGCCCAGAAAAGCGAGCAAAGGAAGCCCUGGGUCCUCCACCACCGCCACCUGACAGAAUUGCAGAUAUCAGCCUCCUGGAGGACAUUUUCAGCAGUUUGGAGGUAGAGCAGCUGCCUCAGCCACUGAGCCAAGCAAAGAGCUUAGAAGACCUCAGGCCGCCUAAGGAUCAGGGCGACCAGCCUUGCACAUUUGAUUACCAGAGAAUGGACCUGUGCUCAAGCGAAAGAAGCAGAAUAAUGCCUGGGCUGAAGCUCACCCAUCCUUACAACCAGCUGUGGAGCAUGGGCCAGGAUGAUAUGGCCAUUCCUACCAAACAUUCUCAGCCUUCCCCAGAAAGGCCUCUGGCAUCUCUAGGGAGUACCCCGUCUCUGCCUCGGAGACCCCGAAGCCGGGAUAGCAUCUUGACCCAUGGAGAGAAAGAGGAAACCCCCACUCCUACACAGGGCAACAUCACCAUCCCCAGACCUCAGGGAAGGAAGACACCAGAGCUGGGCAUUGUACCCCCACCACCUACAGCCCGGCCUGCAAAGCUUCAACCCUUUAUCACCACUGAGCCUGGGAAGACCCCAGGCCUUGGGCCCUCUGACACCACCUCUGAACUGAUACCAGAGGCAUUUGGGAAUUCAGCCCUCUCGAGGGAUCUGGAAAGUCGACCACCUCUCAGUUAUCUGCCACCCCCACCAAGGCUUCUCCCCACGCCUAGUAGUGCCACUGAUAUUCUCAAGCCAGUCCGUGUGGUCACAGACCCUGCAGGCUGUGAGAGUGAUUACCUGUUGACUCUCCUAGACCCUCUAAAGACCAGCUGGCCAGACAGGGCUCCCCCUGGCUCUGUAGUUCCCAAUACCAGUGGCUUUCCCUGUGGUGUGGGUGACUUCACCCCUGCAUCCACCCCAUUUGUGCCCAAGCUGGGCUUCCCUUCAGCUUCAGCCACCACCCCAUUCCUCCAACCAUCACUCAACCCCUUUGCCCAACAUGUGCCAACAGCUCUGCCAGUAUCUAUGACCCAGUGUGUUGGGGGACCCUUUGCUCCCUCUCCAGCUUCCCUGGGCCAGGCUUUCACUCCCAGCUUUAUGGCAUCCAGCCCCGGCUUUUAUACCCCACAGAGACCUCAGCCCAGCCUCUCAGCUCUCUCAAUGCCUAAUCUGUUUGGGCAGGUUCCCCCAGGGCCACAUGUCAGCUCCUGCCCACCACCAGGCCAUGGCACUACCCAAAGUGGCCCAAGCCAACCCAGCCACUUGGGUGGCCCUUCUAAAAUCCGAACGUUGCCCCUAGUGCGAUCCAGCUCAAGGCCAGCUGAGGCCAAGCAGGGGUUGAUCCUGAGACCUGGAGACCCUCCAGUGGUUCCCCCUAGGCCUUUCAAUAGCCUAGAGCCAGUAUUACAGUCUUCAGGCCCCAAAGAAACCAGGGAUCCGUUUGAGGAUUUGUUACAGAAGACUAAGCAGGAGAUUGCGCCCACUCAAGGAAAAGUGGAGCAGCUUCGGAAGCGUUGGGAAACCUUUGAGUAAGAUCCAAAGAAGAAUUUGAGGUUGGUAGACAGGGAUGUGUGUUUUUGGAAGGUGUUUGGGGUUUGUCUACAUCCAACAGUUUUGAAGCAUGAAGGAUUAACUGGCUAUUGUAAAGAAAUAAUUCCCUCCACUCCCUCCUCUCCCUGUCUCCUCUUCCCUAGCUAUGACUUCCAAGCAGUUUCUACUGAUGGAAAUGAAUUUUGACUCAAUGAAACCCCACUUUGCCCAGUUCUUCCUAAGGUUUUUGCCACUGCCAUCAGAAGUGAGACUUGGCCUGCAUUUUGGCCUUAUCCUUCCCAUGGGUUUCUGCACUGACUCGUUGGUAAUUAGUUUCUCCUUUCUGAUACCACUCCCACCGGCAGGAAAGCCAAUUUCUUUUCUCUUAGCCCAUUAUCUGGUCAGGUCCCCCCGGGCCCAACAGUUGUGGACAGGUAAGGAUGUCAGUAUUACCCAUGGCCUUACUCAAGACAAUUAAACCCAAGUGAGCGUCAGAAAAGGCUCUCCCUGCUCUCCACACCCCAACUCCUUGUCUCAAGAUUUAAGUUCUAUUGUUCUUGGACAAUCUUCAUCUUAGAUACUCUUCAAAGCCUACCUAGAAGUAGAGACCCAGUCAUCCAACCACAUUCACUUUCAUAGGGAGUGUUAGAUUAUUUUUUUGCUUGUUUUUUGACAUUCAACAUGCUAGGGAUCAUUGAUCCUUGAAAUUCCUAUUUCCGGAAAACAUAGCACAGAGCCAGCUCUGGACACCAGCAACUUUGAUUUUUAGAAGAUUUUAAAAAAAGACAUCAGAAGGAGUCAUUAAGAGGAGCCCUUAUAUUAUACCCUUGCUCUUAUAGUUCUAUGUUAAUAUGAUAUAUAAGUGUCCUAAAUGUCCAUAUCUGAACUGGAUAUCAUAGUAGCUUAUUUUAUUAUCAAAGACAGGGCCCAGACAUUUCUGGCCUAUCUCUCCUGGGAGGUGGUCCUGUUCAACCUAAGUGGAAAAAGACUGGGAGUCAAAAGCCAGAUUGAGUUUUGUCCGAUGAAAACAUCUAGCUACACAAGAUAGCCUAUGGGUUAAUGCUGCUGACUUUCCUUUAUGUGGGAUGGCAUUAGGAUCCACCCGAGGUCUUCCUUUCACACAUACCCCUGCUUUCAGGGAGAGAAGCUUUGGGGAAAAGGGAUCUUGGAGGGGAGGGAGGAGACAACCGUUCUGCCCGCAUUAGAUGUUCUUUGACUACUUCUUGAUGACAGAAGGGGAAAGUCAUCCCUCCCUCCCCUCCCCUCCCCUACAGCUAGAAUAGGAUGAAGUCAAGGGUUGGCUCUUAGAAGAGCAUUAAAUCUGUGCCUCUUCUCUCCAGGAGCAGAACCAGUGCUCAUUUCUCCCACACCUGAGUUAAGUUGAAAAUGAUCAUUUUGAUGUUUUUAAUCUGUAAUUUUCCCUCCUUUAUUUUAUCCAAUUCAUUAUGUCUUGGAUGGGGGCAAGCCUUGAUGGUUGAACUGAAACUUAUUCAGGCUGUCUGGGUUUAAAAAACAACAACAACAACCUUUGAGGACAAAGGAAAUUGUUCACAUUUCAACCUGGUCUUUCAUUUCCUGAUUUUGGAUGAGCUGGCUCGUCCAUGAAGCCUGCUGCUGUAGCAACCAUGUGCCCUGGAUUCUGAGCCUCACCCAAGUAAUCCUAUUCAUAAUCAUGAAGAUGUCCACAGCUCAGGGAGAGCCAUGUGGGCCUCAUUGACAUUCUUGAUUUCUGGGAAUGUUUGCUGCUUUGGCAAAUCAGAUGGUCACUUUUGGAUUCAGGGACUAGAAGUAGUCUCUCAAAGGUUUGUCCUCAAUCAUAAAGCAUGUGUGAUUCAGAAGGGGAAGUUGCCUCAUCAACUGGAGUUGGAUGAAGAACUUGAAUCUUUGAAUUUGUUUCUUAAGCCAGGCCAGACUGGACUGCUCAGCCCAACACUGGAAUGAAUAGAAGGUCAAUCACAAUGACCCCCAAAGCAGUGCAUGCUUAGAUUUCCAUGGUUUCAGUCUCCCCUUCGUGGCAUGUGCCAAGGAUCAAUGCCAUGCCCGGGGAUAUAUCAGUGAUGCCCAGGCACGCACAACACCCCUCCCCAUCCUGAAAAGGCAUCUUUCUACUCUCCUCUUUUAUGUCUAGCACUGGGAGCCCUUCAGACUGAGGCUGGGUCAGAAGGGCACACGUGAACAGCACACUGAAGAAGCCGAGACUAUUGUAAGGACAGAUGGCUCCUGUUUCAUCUUGUGAACCACACUUACAGAAAUUGGGUGGAAAUAGUAGUCAAUGUAUUGUCCACAUACGAGCACUGUAUGUACCUUUCUUCACUUACUACAUUGAAUUUGCAAACCUGGGAAUUAAUUUUCUGUGACAGCUCAAUAAAAUCCUCUCGGGCAGAACAUC